AUGCGGGCCUCUGAUUUGGUCGCAGUUUUCCUUUCGGUGGUGACUGUUGCUACCGCCGGAAAAAAUGACUUGUACGCUGGAAAUUCCGUCUACGGUGUUCAAUUGCAGAGUCGAUCUGAUCUGCGAGUGCUUCAGGAACUGGAGAUAAGACUGGACCUAGACUUUUGGCGGCGAGGUUUUCCAGGACAAAGGGAAGCAAUUGUAAUGGUAUCUAAAGAAAACAACGAUGAAUUCAAGAAACAACUAGAUUUGGAAGGAAUCACUCGCAGAGUUUAUAUUGAAAACGUAAAAAAUGAAUUGAAUAAAGUUGACGAAGAGUUGGAUCUCUGGCGAAGAAACAGACAAAGCAGAGUUUUUCCAUUUCAAGACUAUCCGCGCUAUGUAGAGAUAAACGCAUACCUCGAGAGAAUAGCUGCUGAGUAUCCAGACGUUGUGACUUUGGUGAAUGCAGGAAAGAGCUUUGAAGGGCGUGAUGUUAAAUAUUUAAAGAUUUCUACCAGUAACUUCACAGACAGCACCAAGCCUAUAUACUUCAUGAAUGCCAUGAUCCACGCACGUGAGUGGGUCACCACUCCCGUAGCGCUAUACUCCAUUCACAGGCUGGUAGAGGACGUUAGAGCUAACGAGAGAGAUGUCCUAGAAGGCACUGACUGGAUUAUCAUGCCUUUAGUAAAUCCUGACGGCUAUGAGUAUACACACACGGAUGAGCGUUUAUGGCGACGUACCCGCUCCUACAAUCCAUCAGUGAGUGAAACAUGCUACGGCGUAGACGGUAACCGCAACUUCAAUGUAUCCUUCAACACCAUUGGCGUUUCAUCCGAUCCUUGCUCCAACGUCUACCCUGGUGUCGAGGCAUUCUCCGAAGUUGAAAUCACUUAUAUAAGGGACGUUCUCCACGAGCACUUGGAUCGGAUACAGCUGUAUUUGGACAUACACAGCCAGGGCAAUUACGUUUUGUUCGCUUAUGGAGAUGACAGUCUGCCGCCCAACGCAGUCCAUUUACACCAUGUGGGCGCCAUAAUGGGUGCCGCAAUAGACGUACACAAACUGCCACAGGCGCUGUACUACUUGGUGGGUAAUAGUGCCCUGGUCCUGUAUGGCACUUCCGGUUCAGCCCAAGACUAUGCGCAGUUCGUGGGAGUCCCUUUCUCUUACACUCUGGAACUGCCAGGUUAUGGAUAUCGUUUUGAAGUUCCGCCGCAAUACAUUGAGCAAAUCGUGGAGGAAACAUGGCAAGGGAUUGUGGCGUCGGCGCGCGCAUCAACGCUUUAUUAUCAAAAUCGUACUAGGGGCCAAAAUAGAGAA